CUAGUAAGAAAAUUAUUUUACAGAUUGUUCAGUUUUAAUUUAAAUAAGAGGUGCUUCAUUUGUCCCUCCUCUCACUCUCCACAUUCCACGAUUUCUCAUUCCACUGAAACAGAGUGUGAGCAGCAGACCCACCAUUCAUUUUCAAACUGGGUAAUGCAAAUGCAACAAUAAUCCCCUUCCCUUCCCGACAAAACUCUAUAGGAGUAGUACACAGCAGCAUACUAUCUAUCUAUCUAUCAACUGUGGAAAUUCAAUUAGGCAUUUGGGAAUGCCGUUUCUGAAUAUUCCAUAAACCCAUCCACACCCACACACUUUCUGUUUCUGCCUCCUUCCCUUCCCAACCCAUUUUCCAUUAUGAGACUUUCCAUUCUGCAACCCCACCCACACACACACCGGUGCCGCUACCCGAUAAAGCAGUGGCCCCGUAUGGACGCGUCGUUCCACCGCCGCAAAGACAAGGUGGUGGUGAUCAUGGGCGCCACCGGCUCCGGCAAGUCCCGUCUCUCCAUCGACCUUGCAACCCUCUUCCCCACCUCCGAAAUCAUCAACUCCGACAAAAUGCAAGUCUACCGCGGCCUCGACAUCACCACCAACAAGAUUCCCACCGCCCAGCGCCACGGCGUCCCCCACCACCUCCUCGGCGACGUCGACACCGAUCACUACGGCGAGUUCUCCCCCGCCGACUUCCGCCACCGUGCCGCCGACCUCAUCGCCGACAUCACCCGACGCAAAAACCUCCCGAUCGUCGUCGGCGGCUCCAACUCCUUCGUCCACGCCCUCCUCGUCCAAAACUUCGACCCUCACUCUCACUCAAACGUCUUCCAACAACAACAACAAGAAGAAGCGCUUAUAUCCUCUGAGUUGAGGUACAGGUGUUGCUUCCUCUGGGUCGAUAUAGCCUUCCCCGUCUUAUCGCAAUAUUUAAGGGACCGAGUCGACGACAUGCUUGACUCGGGGAUGGUCGACGAGUUGGCUCAGUUCUUCGACCCGGACGCCGCGCGUCGAACCGGGUUUGGUAUCAGAAAAGCCAUUGGGGUUCCCGAGUUCGACCGGUUUUUUAAUAAAUACCCUCCCUCGAUGGGCCAGGGGGGCGAUGAUCCUCUGCGGGAGCGUGCGUACGAGGAGGCGGUGAAGGCGAUUAAGGAUAACACGUGUGAGUUGGCGGAGCGUCAGAUAGGGAAGAUCGAACGAUUGAAGCGCGCCGGCUGGGACCUACGGAGGAUAGACGCGACGGAGGCGUUUCGGAUGGUGCUGACGUCAGGGUCGAGCAAUGGGUCCGGUGUAUGGGAAAGACAGGUGUUGGAACCAAGCGUGAAGAUUGUGAAACGCUUCUUGAUGGAGUAGGUCUUCCAGCUACUCCACUCUCUCAUUUUUAUUUCAUUUUUGUUUAUGUUUUUUUUUAUCCGACAAAAAAAAAAAGAGAGGAAAAAUUGGAGGUGUGGUGUGAGGGAAACGGAAAAAUGUACAAAAUGGGGAAUGGAAGGUUCCAAUUUGGAUCACCUCACCUCACCGGGUGAGUUUGAGUUUGUGCUAUCGGAGGAAUGAAUGAGAAUAUGACAAUGGGUGACCAAAAUUUGGGUUUUGAAGUAGCGACAAUGAAGGAGGAUGUUAAGGUUUGCCACGUGUGAGAUUCCACAAUUUUCCUCAAGGCUGAUUUGGUGACAACAAUGUAAAAACAAAAAAUGGGAAGUAAUAGUAUAGAAAUUGUUGACAAAUUUUGGUAGCAGUAAGUAGAGUAGGGUUUGUUUGUUAUUGAUUAAUUUUUUAAAUUGGAAGCGGAAAUUGUGAAUGCGGUAACAGCUUCUUCAUGUGUGUAUGUAUGUAUGUAGUGUCUCUCCCACUCUCUUUGUGUCUCUGAGUCACAUGAUGGGUGUGGAGGAUGAAAUGAUGAGCAAAGCACGUAGGAAAGUUUGCAACGGCAA